GUUAAUUUCAUUUUUCAUUCGAGAAGUCCAUAACGGAAAUCAUAAUAAUACUGUAAAAAGUAUUUGGUAUUAUGCGAAAGGAAAUAACUUACGCACAAUCAAAUAACCCACAAAGAGGAGUUAUUGACAUUGCCAUUAAAUUAAACAAUCGCUACACGGAUACUAGAAUGAAAAAAUACUAUCAAGCUGCUUUAUUGAUAACAGCAGUAGUUAGUUUGAUUUCUCUUCUUUUUUAUCGCCACGAAUAUAAUAAAUUACGAUAUGUUCUGGAAGUAUUUAAUUACUUUGGUAAGGCAUGUCCGGAAGUGCCAAAAAUUAGUUGCCCGAAGAAAUUUUCUCUUGAUUUAAACGAGCCUCGUUCGGCUUGGCAACGACUAGACGAUGAUUUGUACAUCUACUCAUCGUAUGUCAUACACAAUGGGAAAAUUGAAACGAUUAGCUAUGGAAAAUUAAUUAGUCCCAAUUUUGAUUGCAAUAUAUUUUUUAAUAAUUUGUUAACUCCUAUACCUGGUAUUUUUUCAUUUAGUAUAAUAGGUAAUACAAGCGAUAUUCCAGGAAGAACAGCUUAUCGAGGAUACAUUUUAGUUUGCGAAUAUACAGAAUAUAUGAUACCCGUUGGUGUAUCGUUCCAACAAAAAGAUCAAAUACUUUAUAAUCCAAACAGUUCUGUGUUUCCCAUAAACAUACAGCCUAAAGCUUUAACUUACAAUGGUAGUGCAUUAUGCGUAGCUCCACCUUCAAAUAUACCAAUGUCUCAUACCGAAAUGUUAAGUUUUCUCAAUUUUCAUGAAUUAAUCGGUCUGAAUCAUUUUGUGAUUUACGAUUAUGGUAUACCUAAUGUGUUCCAUAAUGGAAUAAAAAAUAUGGUGCAGGAUUUAAAUCCAAAUUGGAACUUCACAUACGAUGUAAUACAAUGGAAUUUUCCAAUAAGAGAUAUUCAUCCAAAUAUUAUAAGAAAUAUUAUAACAACCGACUGCUUGUACCGUACAUAUAAGAAAGUUAUGUAUACAGCCACAUUAUCGUGGGAUGAAUAUAUAGUUUUGAAAUUUCAUCAAAUCGUUUCCGACUUACUUAUUGAUUUUGAAAAAAAUAAAUUAUUUGGAAAUCGUUUUGUAAUAGAGACUCAAACUUUUUGUAUUCAGCAAGAGCAUCAGAAGACAUCCACAACAGCUUUUGUUCCAUAUAUUCUUCGUAAAUUGUACACCUCGCCAAAUGCGCUCAAUGCUAAUUUUCUGUAUAUAUACAAGCCGCACGAAUUUCUUAAUGUGAAAAAUAUUCAAACACUUAAGGCAGCAGCAAAAUUGAUUAUUGCAAGUCGUUAUGUAUUUUGCAAUGAUUACAAUGCCAAUAACGUAGAAUUUAAUAAAUACGAACCUUCGAUAUUAAGGUUCGCUAAAGAUAUUACAAAUUCUACGAUUUUUCAAAGAUACGUCUCGGGAAAGAUGUUUGAUUUGAAAUUAAAUUAAUAUACUCUUAAGAAAUCACCAAACAGCAUAAAUUUUUUUGAUAAAAAGAAAACUUAGAGAAAUUAAAUGGACCAUCAUAAGAAUAUUGUGAUAAACAUAUUAAUACCUUAAUUCUAUAAAAGGAUUAGUAUCUUGAGUAUAUAA